AUGGUGCUCGCAGACUUAGGGAAACGGAUCAACAACGCCGUGUCGGAGGUGACGAAAGCCAGUGUUGUUGAUCAAAGUGCUGUUGAUGGGCUUUUGAAGGAAAUCUCGAACGCCCUUAUUGAGGCGGACGUGAAUGUCAAAUUGGUGUUGAAUUUACGGAAAAAGCUCAAGGCAACCAUCGAGGCCGAGGAAAAACCCGGAAUCAACAAGAAGAAGCUCAUCCAGAAGGCUGUUUUUGAUGAACUUUGCGAUCUGGUUGAUUGUAAGGAGACAGAAUUGUACAAGCCAAAGAAGAAGAAGACCAACGUUAUUAUGUUUGUCGGUCUUCAAGGUGCUGGUAAGACCACCACGUGUACCAAGCUUGCUGUUUACUACCAAAGAAGGGGAUUCAAGGUGGGAAUGGUGUGUGCCGAUACUUUCAGAGCUGGUGCUUUUGAUCAAUUGAAACAGAACGCUACAAAGGCAAAGAUCCCGUACUACGGUUCGUACACAGAGGCCGACCCAGUGAAGGUUGCCGCCGACGGUGUUGACAAGUUCAAGAAAGAGAAGUUCGAGAUCAUCAUUGUGGACACGUCUGGACGUCAUCGUCAGGAGACUGAGCUUUUUGCAGAAAUGAUCCAGAUCGGCGAGGCGGUGCAGCCUAACCAGACUAUCAUGGUGUUAGAUGCUUCCAUUGGACAGUCUGCCGAGUCACAAUCGCGCGCGUUCAAGGACUCGUCGAAUUUUGGUGCCAUUAUCUUGACCAAGAUGGAUGGGCACGCCAAAGGUGGAGGAGCCAUCUCUGCUGUGGCAGCAACCCAAACUCCUAUUGCAUUUAUCGGUACAGGAGAGCAUAUUAAUGAUCUGGAGAGCUUUACGCCUCGCCAGUUUGUUUCCAAGUUGCUUGGAAUCGGGGAUAUCCAAGGACUGAUGGAACACGUUCAAUCGCUGAACCUGGAUCAAAAAGACACACUCAAGAACUUCCAGGAAGGAAAGUUUACUCUACGAGACUUGCAAACGCAAAUGAACAACAUCUUGAAGAUGGGACCGUUAUCCAAGAUCGCUCAGAUGUUGCCAGGAGGAAUUGGAGAGAUGAUGAACCAGGUUGGAGAGGAGGAGACGAGUAAACGGUUCAAGAGAAUGGUGUAUGUGAUGGAUUCCAUGACCAAACAAGAGCUCGACAGCGACGGAGAUAUCUUUGUGGACCAGCCUAGCCGGAUAGUGCGAGUUGCUCGUGGAUCGGGAACUUCAGUGACGGAGGUGGAAGCUGUUUUGAUGCAGCAGAAGAUGUUUGCCAGAAUGGCACAGACUACAAAGAACAUGCAACAAGGAGGUGCCAAUCCGAUGGCCGGUGGACGUGGCGGAAUGUUCAACCAACAGAAUAUCCAGCGAGCCAUGCAACAGAUGCAAUCCAACCCGUCCAUCAUGCAAAACGUGAGCAAGAUGAUGGGUGGACUUGGUGGUGGAAUGCCGGACAUGAGCCAGCUGAUGGGCGGCGCCGGCGGCGGAAUGCCUAACCCACAGGAAAUGAUGAAGAUGAUGAACUCUCCGGAGAUGAAACAGAUGAUGAACAACCCGGCAAUGAGACAGAUGGCCCAGAACUUCCGUGGCAUGGGUGGUAUGUAG